AUGCGGCCCAGAGAUGGGGGCCUGCCGGUCAUUGAUUCAUGCCUGGCUCCUGUUCAGGCCGGCGUGAUGACAUGCUUCCAGAUCACCGUCAGCGCAAAACACACCCUGGAUAUUGACGCCUUGGCGAGCUCUGCACGGGGUCUCGGCAUCACCAAGAUUGUUAUCUACUGGGUCGUUCCCAGCGACAGCUUCCGCGAUUUCUAUCGUGGAAAGAUGUUCGGGAAAAGUCUUGAAUUCGAGCAGCGCGUCCUUUCGCUCGAUGCGCCCCACAAUCCCUUCACUCUGCCGGAGAUGGAAAAACGGCUCGAGAAGGCUGAC